AUGGCGACCUCGUAUUACGAGAGCUCCAGGCCCCGGGGCGGCCCCGCGGAGGAGGCGGACGACUUCGACGAGUUCGACCCCACGCCGUACGGCGGUGGGUACGACCUCGCCGUCACCUUCGGCCGCCCGCUGCCGCCGUCGGAGGAGACCUGCUACCCGUGCUCGGCACCCUCCACCUCCUACGACGCGCCGCACUACUCCGCCUCCGAGCCGUCCCCGUACGGUCACCACGCCAAGCCCAAGCCCAACUACGGGUUCCGCCCCCAGCAGGAGCAGCAGCCGCCUUACGGCGGCGGCGGCGGCUACGGAUCCAGGCCCGAGCCCCCUGCGGAGGAGGGCGGUGGCUAUGGAUCUGGCUACGGAUCCGGGUAUGGUAGGAAGAAGCAGGAGGAGGAGAGCUAUGGCUCUGGGUAUGGAUCUGGGUACGGGAGGAAGCCGCAGGCGGAGGAGAGCUACGGGUACGGCGGUCAGGCCCGGCCAGAGGAGAGUUAUGGGUCUGGCUACGGGAGGAAGCCACAGGUAGAUGAGAGCUACGGAUCGGAGUAUGGGUCUGGGUACGGCAGGAAGCCACAGGUAGAGGAGAGCUACGGAUCGGAGUAUGGAUCUGGGCACGGCAGGAAGCCCCAGGUGGAGGAGAGCUAUGGAUCAGGGUACGGGAAGAAGCCGCAGGUUGAGGAGAGCUAUGGAUCAGGGUACGGGAGGAAGCCGCAGGUUGAGGAGAGCUAUGGAUCAGGGUACGGCAGCAGGCCGCAGGGUGGGGAGGAGUAUGGCAGUGGUGGGUAUGGGAGGAAGACUCAGGAGGAGAGCUAUGGUUCCUCGGGGUAUGGCUAUGGCAGGAAGAACGAGGAGCAGAGCUAUGGUGGUUCUGGUUAUGGGUAUGAGAAGAAGGCAUCUGAGGAGGAUGAAGGUGCCUAUGGCUCUGGUGGUUACCGGAAGCCAAAACCGUAUGGCGAGGAGACACAGGGUUCAUAUGGUUAUGGAGAGGAGCAGUCCAAGUAUGAGAGUGGUGGGUAUGAGAGGCCAAGCUAUGGUGGGGGAGAGGGGUACUAUGGCCGCAAGAAAGAUGAUGAUGACUCGGAUGAUGAGAAGAAGCAGCGUCAUCAGAAGCACCACCACCAUCGCCGCCACGACUAUGAUGAUUAA